AAUUAGAGUUAGUUUAAGUAUCGAUUAACACCAAGUGAAUCUUUGUUUCAAGAGUAUUUAUCCAAUUAUCUCGUUGAUCCAUCUUAACUCUGUGUAUAUUCCGUAAUGAAGCUUUUGUACUCGCUAUUAUGGGCCGGAUGGCUAUCCCUGGUUGUCCAAUGUUCAGCUGACGAUGAUAGUGGUAAUGUUGACCAGGCUGAUCCAGGUAAAUCUAAAGAGGAAAGAGAGUCAAAGGAAAUGGAAGCUUUUAUGAAAUUAAUGAUUAAAAGUAGUCAAAAACAUUUAAAACGUAUGAUUGAGACGCUUGAUAUUGGAUCAAUUGCUGGUACCAAAUGUAACUCUUCUUGGCAUCAGUUUAUGGCUGAGAACGAAUUAAGUCCCGAAAGAUUUUCAACCAUCAUGGAAGAUUACAAAUCUGGAAAUCAUGAAAAAAUAAUCAAACUUGUGAGACCAGAGCAAUGUUUGACCAAUCAAAAUGGCCAAUUUUGUCAAGUCGACCAUUUAACCAAUAUAACCAUGAAAUCCAAGUCAAGAGUUUUUGAUGUCACAUAUGCCCUGUGUUACCCUAGAGGCUGCUCAACUGAAGAUUUGAAUUCAAUCAUGUCUACGAUAACAGACUCUUAUAAAGGAUCGAUGUUUAAAGUCAAGUUAAAUAUCGUUAAAUGUAUAACCUCAAUGGAUAAUGUGACAAAAAUGGAGAUUGAAACAGCCCAGAAAAUGAUGGCCAAAAUAGCGAGUAGCUCCAAUCAAACCAUGGACUUUUCUUCAUUCAAGUUACCUGGUUCAACAUCGAUGUUUAAUCAACCCAUGCCAAGUGCAACCAAUUUACCCAAAUUUCCAUUGAAUAUGCCACAAGAGAUUCCCGUAUUUUCCUUUGAUCCCAACUUCUCAAACCAAUUUUCAACAUCCAAGCCUCCUUCAUCUUAUCAACCCAUUCUUCCUCCUCCUCUUCUUCAACCGCCCCCUUCAAAAUCACCGUCCUCUUCCACCUCCUCACCACUGCCUUCAACUAUAAAUGACCCUUUUAUAACGAAGCCAUCAACAGGAGAAGCAGUUCUAGAGAAACCAGCUCCAUCACCAGUAAUUACACCUCACUCCGCAUUCAAAUGGCCAGAAAAUGAACCAGAUGAAACCGAAGGAGCAAAUCCACUUCAUUUCCCUGAAAUCUUCUACUCAGACGAAACAACUGAAUCUAAACCACCAACAACCUCCAGUCCAUUGGAUAUCACACGAUAUGAUGAAACACAACUACGUAAAAUGAUUCCUGGCUUAAUAUUACCCGGCGAGGUAAACACACCAACAUAAAGAUCCAGCAAUGGUUAACAUGGCACAUAAACUCAUUAUUUUUCACCCAUUUUUCUGAUGAAACGCAAUCUGUCCAGGAUGGCAAAGGCAAACCUCGCUAGUUGAUAUUGCAAGCCAAUACGUUGAUGAGGAAACCAACAAGUUUUAAUACCAUAUUACAAUAGACAAGGAAAAGAGGAGAAAUAAUGAAAUUGACUAACAAGAAAAGCGAUUAAACCAUUUUGACGAGUUGUAAUUAACGCACCUUUUAUUACCCUGAUUGUACCUAAGAUUAUCUGAGUUGCUCAGGUAAAGAAAGUAAAUUAUUUUACAAUUA